AUGAGCAUACUUCAAAAAGAUACAAACUCAAUCCAAAAAAAUCAAUCAAUAAGACUACUAACAUUCAAUACAUGGGGAUUAAAAUAUGUUUCAAAACAUAGAAAACAAAGAUUAAAAGCAAUAGCAGAUGAAUUAUCAAAUCCAACAAAUGAAUCAAAUGAUUAUGAUAUAAUAGCAUUACAAGAAAUUUGGUGUGAAGAAGAUUGGAAUUAUAUUGAUCAGGUUUGUUCUUUAAGAUAUCCUUAUAGAAGAAAUUUUAAAUCUGGUAUUAUAACAGGACCUGGUUUAGCUAUAUUAUCCAAAAUACCCAUUGAAGAAACUUUUUUAUAUAGAUUCCCAAUUAAUGGUAGAUCUUCUGCAUUUUUUAGAGGUGAUUGGUAUGUUGGAAAAAGUAUUGCAGUUACAAUUUUUAAAUCUCAUCAAAAUAAUACUUUACCAAUAGCAUUAUUAAAUAGUCAUAUGCAUGCUCCAUAUGGAAAAGGAGAUUCAAGUUAUUCAACUCAUAGAGCUUGUCAAGCAUGGGAUUUUACAAAAUUUAUAAGAAUGUUAAAAAAAUCUGGAUAUGCUGUAAUACAAGUUGGAGAUUUAAAUUCAAAACCUGAUUCAUUACCUUAUAAGAUUUUUACAAUUGAAGGUGGCCUAAAGGAUUCUUGGAAUAUUUUACAUUUUGAAAAAAAUCCAACUAUAAAAGAAAUAAGUGAAAUGAGUUUAGAAGAUCAAAUUGAAAUUGCUGGUGUUACUUGUAAUUCAAGAUUAAAUACUUGGAGAAAAUCAAGACCUUUAUGGGAAGCAUGUAGAUUAGAUUAUGCAUUAAUUGAUUCUCAUAAUGUUUUCCCCGUACUGGCUAAAGUUAAAUUUACAGAAUUAUUACCACCUCCAUUAUCAUGUUCAUAUUCUGAUCAUUUUGCAUAUAGUGUUGAACUACAAAUAAAUUCGACUCAAAAUCAUAUACCUUCAAUAAAAGAAAGUCCACCUGAAGAAAGAGAACAAGUAUAUAAAGAAUUAUUAGCUGAAAUUAAACAUUAUAGAAGAAUAACAAUACCAUUUCAAGCAAUAUGGAGAAAAUUUUAUUUUUUAAUAUCUAUUUUUAUAGUUAUUGGAAUGCAUAUUGCAAUAGUAUUUAUAGCAGAUGUUGCUGCAUGGAUAUCAGUUUUGUUUUUAUUUGCAACUACUUUUGUUGUAAUUACAGGUUUAUUAAAUGGUAUGAUUUGGUAUUUUGGAGUAAGAUCAGAACUGAGAGCUUUACAAGAAGUUCAAGCAGAAGUAGAAGAUGCUUAUAUAUAUUUAAAAGAACAUUUAAAUAAAACAACUUCAUAG